AUGGGAAAGAAGAGUACUUCUGAAAUUAAGAUAGAGGGAGAGACCUCUCUGUUCAGCGAGAGAAUAAGAAGAGCUCAGGGAGCUUCCAGGUCUGGAAACUGGAGAGCCUUCAAGGAAAUCUUCCAAGAAGACAAGAAAGAUCUGCUUAAGGAUUUAGACUUGUUCAAGAACACCGCCAUUAACGUAGCAACUCGCUCCGAUAGUCCACAGCUCUUGAAGGAGUUGCUGGAAAUGCUUCCAGAACAAGAACGGUGGGUUGCCUUCACGAAGAAGUCUUGUGAAGGUAACACUCUCCUUCAUGAAAUCGUGCUGAUUUGCAAGGUGGUGGAGAUGGCAGACGUCGUACUUGACUUUGAAAAGAAGAUGCCGUGGCCAUUGCCGGAGGCGGCAGCUGAGGAGGAGGAGGAGGAAAAGGGAAGGCCAUUGCUGGAGAGGAAAAACUCCAAAGGAGAAACGCCACUGUUCAGGGCAGCAAAAUAUGAGAACCUGAAGAUGGUGAUCCAUUUGGCUAAAGCAGCAGCAGCUCAGCCUCAGAGUGAUACGAAAAUUCAUCUUCGUAGCGAUACUCGGACCAUUCUUCAUGCUAGCAUCAAUGUCCAAUCUUUUGAUGGUAAUUUGGAUGAAAGAUAUGAAAUUGAAGGUUAUGAUAGCUUUGAGUUGUUUAGGCCUCCGAGUACAGACCUAGAAACUAGCCACCAACAUGAUGACAAGCCGCCAACCUCAGGUCUUUCAAGGAUCAAUUACGAUGCUUGGAAAUAUCUAGCUAGAGCAUGAACAAGCAGUAUUCUUGGAGAUUGAUUCUAUCUGGAAACGAAAGAAGCGUCAUCAGCUAGCAGAGUGUCUGGCGAAGUUUCUAGUGAAGAAUGACUACUCGUGGUAGGCAUCUUACAAUCGUAUUAAGAAAACACUCGUCAUAUUGCCAUCUGUCCUUUACAAAGUAGCCAAAAGAAAAAAACAAGCAGAAUGGAAGGAAGAGAAGAGGCAAGAGAGAGAGGACGCUGAUGAUGACGACCAAGAUCUUGACAAACAAGAAAAGAAACACCAUUAUGAUAAUCACACGCCAUUACUUGUAGCUGCUAUCAAUGGGAUUAUAGAAAUCGUCGAACUGUUCCUUGAAGAGCAUCUAGAGUCAGUUAAUCACGUUAGUGAAGAUGAGCAAAACAUACUGCACAUGGCCGUCAAGCAUCGUUAGCUAGAAAUCUUCAAACUGCUCAAGAAAAACCCAUCAUUUGGCACAUUGGUUACUCGAAUCUCUCGAGAGAACCGCACUAUAUUGCACUAAGUUGUGACGAUGGAUUAUUACAGAGUAGCGCACCUUGCUAGUUCAGCUUUCCAACUUCAAGAUGAAUUAAAGUGGUAUAAACGAGUGGAAAAAGUUGUUUCGACACAUCAAUACUUGCAUUGUGACCAUAUGAGACUUACAGCGGGAAAUCUGGACAUCGAGCAUGAUCAGAUACUUGCAGACGCACAAUCAUGGAUAAAGUAAACCGUUGAGUCUUGCUCAACUGUAUCGGUCCUUGUGGCCACGGUUGUCUUUGCUGCGGCCUACACCAUUCCUGGCUAGAGCGAGGGUGGCACAUCAGUGUUACUCAGAUCGUUGGUGUUCAUCUUCUUCAUUGUCAUAGACGUCGUGGCGCUCGCCUUUUCUCUGGCUUCGGUGGUCAUGUUUCUUUCCAUCUUGACGUCCCCAUUUGAGCUAUGGGAUUUUCACAUGUCUCUGCCACGUAAAUUGAGAAUAGGGUUUGCUUUUUUGUUUUGCUUGCUGGCCACCACAAUACUUGCUUUUAGUGCAAUGAUUUUGCUCACUACAAAGUUGUAGUGGAAGCACUGGACUUCGACUUCGGUUUAUAGUGCAGCGUUCUUUCUUGUGACUAUAUUUGGCUUGAUCGAAUUCCCACUUUAUGUGAUGCUUUCGAGCCUGCUCUUCAGGGUAUAUAAGAAGACCAUGAAGAUGAUUCCAAUUGAUAGAGCCAUCAAACAUUGUUGCUGCAGAAGGGUUCAAAGAGCAACGUAUCUAUAAGAGAACAGUACUUUGUGCAAAUUUCAAAUCGAAGGUAUGUUGAUUUGUUUUUCUGCUAUGUGUUUUUUUUUGGGGUGUGAGAGA